GUUCGCAACGAAACGCGCUUCGAUGACAGUGUUCGCGUUACCUUUCGAUCUAUAGGGAUUAUUUGGGGUGAUAUAUACCAAGUCCUUCCAUUAGGUCGUGUGAGUGUGUGGAUAUAUAUUUAGUGCUUAGGUGGUGAUGUGCAAUUGGAACAAUUUCCCAGAAAUUGAUAGAUUAUAAUAUUUGUUGUUGGCUUUAACACUAGUCAGGGGAUUAUUUAUUGGAUAUCCCACAGUGAUUGAGAUAGAGACCAGAGUUAAAGACCGGAGACACGCGUUGCACUUGUCCGACUUUGUGUCCCCUUCUCGAUAAUAUUGUGGCACGUGCUGGUCACGCGUCGGCAAUUGGCGGAUCGGAAGUAUUAGCUUAAUCGUUAUGUACUUAACGGGCAAUUAAAUCGGCAAACAAAAAAAAGAGCAACAGAUUUCCGAGAUCGCCUGACACAAUGUUUUCCAUGGACAACUUUGACUUGGAGGCCACAAUGGCGCGACACUUCUUUGAGGGAUCGCAGGCCACCAACGCCUCCACCUCCAGUUCCGAGUACUUUUUUGGAGACGAGCACAGCUCGGAGAGCGACGACGAGGACGAUGCCUACAGCAGUGGCUUCAACAGUGACCAGGAGAACAAUGAGAAGACCAGGCGGAGCCACAAGCCGCGGCGCUUGAAGUGCGCUUCCCAAAUGGCCCAACAACGGCAGGCGGCCAAUCUCCGGGAGCGCCGUCGGAUGCAGAGCAUCAACGAAGCCUUUGAAGGCCUCCGCACCCAUAUUCCCACGCUGCCCUACGAGAAGCGAUUGAGUAAGGUCGAUACCCUCAAAUUGGCCAUUAGCUACAUAACCUUCCUCAGCGAGAUGGUAAAGAAGGACAAGAAUGGCAACGAGCCCGGUUUGAGCUUGCAGCGCAAUUACCAAAAGGAGCCGCCCAAGAAAAUCAUCCUCAAGGAUCGCACUGGCGGCGUGGCACACUCGUUGUCCUGGUAUCGCAAGGGCGAUCGCUAUCCGGGCAGCAAGCUCUACGCCCGCACCUGGACUCCGGAGGAUCCUCGUGGGCCCCUCUCCCAGCCCCAGCCGCUGUACAACAACAGCAACUCGAAUCAGAACCAAAACAGCAACCAGAGCAGCGAUGAGUUCAGCGGUAGCGCCGAUAUGUCCGAUCCAGGAGCCACGGCCAGCAUCUUUGGUGGCAGCAGCAAUGGAAUGUGAGGAGGAUUCAGAGAGAUAGAGAUUCAAGGGAAAUCCAACUAGUCAAGCUUUGCUAGUCACGGCAUCUAACACAUAUUAUUAACCAACUUAAUAAUUAUAUGACGAAAACAUGUU